AGCUAGGCAUUGAAGAACGCUAUAAAAUAACACCCUCAUGUCUCUUAUCUUGGCAACAACCAGCAUCUAUCUUACUUGGAAUUUUAAACUCAAACGGCUACCUUACAAGUCAUAACUAUGCCAGCCCAGAAACACUCCUCAAAAGAAGAGCAAUAUAAACAACAAGCUGAUUGGUGUUAGGACAGUUAGAAAGCCCACAUUAUUGCUACUCCAAGUUGCAAAUAUGCACGCAAUGAGGCACCACAUUCAUUAGUAUAAAAUGGUUUCAAUUUGGAAGGGAGGGUCAGCAUCUAGAGCCCCCCAUGUGGCAAUGGCAGCAACCAUAGAGACAAGCAGCUAUGUUGCUAUCAUCUUUGGGGUCACUGGACUUGUUGGGAGAGAGUUGGCUAGGAGGCUUCUUUUAGAACCUUCUUGGAAGAAGGUUUAUGGCAUAGCUAGAAACCCAGAAACACCACCAACCCUUAUUAUAAGCCCUUGUUACCAUUUCAUUUCUUGCAAUUUGCUGAACCCUUUGGAGACUCAGAAGAAGCUGUCUGGCUUGCAAGAUGUGACUCAUGUGUUUUGGGUAACAUGGGCCAGCCAGUUCCCAUCAGAGACACAAGAAAGUUGUGACCAGAACAAGGCCAUGAUGUGCAAUGCUUUGAACUCUAUGGUCUCAGUAGCUAAGAAUCUAAAGCAUGUUUCCCUUCAAACAGGAACCAAGCACUAUGUGUCACUGCAUCCCCCCUUUGAUGAAGAGAAGUUCCACUAUUACUACUACCAUGAAGAGUUCCCCAGAAUGAGCAGAUCCCUUAACUUCUACUAUGCCUUGGAGGAUUUGCUCAUGGAGAAAUUGAGUGGUAAGGUGUCUUGGUCUGUGCAUAGGCCUGGUUUGUUGUUUGGUAGUUCUGUUAGGUCAUUUUAUAACUUCAUGGGGAGCUUGUGUGUUUAUGGGGCUAUUUGUAAACAUUUGAGGCUCCCUUUUGUGUUUGGGGGGACAAGGAAGUGUUGGGAGGAGUCAUAUAUUGAUGGAUCAGAUGCUAGGCUUGUAGCUGAUCAGCACAUUUGGGCAGCCACAAAUGGUGACAUAAUUUCCAUCAAUGGCCAAGCCUUCAACUCAAUCAAUGGCCCAAGUUUCACUUGGAAGGAGAUUUGGCCUAUUGUUGGGAAGAAAAUGGGAGUGCAAGUCCCACAAGACAUGGUUGUGGAGAGCUUUUGGUUUUCAAAAGCCAUGACUGGGAAGGAGGAAGUUUGGGAAGAGAUUGUGGAGGAAAACGGGUUGGUUCACACGACUGUUGAGAAUUUGGCCAAUUGGGAGUUUUUAGAUGCCUUGUUUCGUUUCCCUUUGAAACUCUUGGGAUGCAGAAAUAAAGUUGAUGGACUUGGUUUUGGUGCAAGGUACAAGACAUUGAAUUCAAUAUUGUAUUGGAUUGAUUGCAUGAGAGAUGAGAAGCUAAUUCCCUAGAGGCUUCGUAUUGCUAGCUUUGACUUGAACUUUGAAGAUGUGUUUGGUAACAGAAAUUUAUGGAGCACCAGAAGAUGAUGGGGUUUUCCUUAAGAAAAUUAGUGGCAGGGUGUGCUUUGCAUGUGCUGGUUGACUAGCCCUUUAUUGCUGCAUAGUUUACUAGUUUAUAUACAGAUGGAAUCACCCAAUUUAAUAAUGUAUAUAACUUAUUUUCUACAUUACUGUCCCCUGGUGUCACUUAUGUGUGGCUACAGGUGGAGGGGUUGCUUUGUCUUCACUUUCCACAUUUUCUUUUUCUUCUGUUUUUGCAGUAAUCAUAUAGUAAUUAAAAAAAAAUUCUCUAAGAUAACACGGUGUAUCAAAUGUUC